AUGUUCGAGGUGCGCCAAGGCGCCGAAGCCUCCGUAAGAGAGCAUCCAUGGUCACAUUCCAUCGGACCCGUGUGUCGAUUUCAAGCAAUUGAUCAUGUUCGGAAUGCGGCUCCCCAUGAAGUGUCAACUUCACCAGAAAAGGCCGACUUGGAGACACGGAUCGAGAGAUUGUGCGCCAGCCUUCAAAGCAUUCUGGACCGGUCCAGAACGAAGGAGAGAUGGAGCAGAAGAGAUAAAACUCAAUCUACGUACACCACUUUUCGUCAAUACUUCCCUCAACCUUAUGGACGGGAUAUUUCUAAAGCUGACAUGUAUAUUGAUAGUGGAGGAAAUUUGCACGGACCUCUGGACUUGAAGCACUCUUCAAAGUUGGAUGGAGUGAGAAAAUCCAGUGGCAGUUUUAUCAAGAGGUCGUGGGUAGAAGGACAGCGCUCACAGUCUUCCACACGAUCAGAGGCCAAUUACCAAACUCUUGAUGGUCGUCGCUCAAGGACGUGCUCAGAGUCGAGAGGUCAUGUGAGCGCUGAGAUUGAUGGGCUAUUGGACGACCUCAAUCGGAUGCGGCAUCGUGAGAGUCUUAGCAACCGCAUUGGCAUCACUCGUUGGUCGUCUCUUGGCACAGUUCGUGGCGACGGCGGGAGGUACAGCACCACCCUAACCAGGCGUCAUAUGAAGCGUGGUCGUGAGCCUGUGGAUAUUUACCUCAAGAAACCGCUGACUUCCAAUCUGUCAAAAGUGGAUCUGUUGUCAGUGGACAACCGCAACGUGUCUCGAGUUUCUCCGAUCACCUUACAAGUGGACAACCGAAGUGCUGAACGUGAACAGCGUCUGAUGGAUGAACUGAUGGAGACGAGACGCGAACUGCAGCACACUCGUAGCCUCAUGUCGGAGGAGGGAAAACGGGGCCUCAACUAUGGAUCCACGCUGAAGGUUCCUGUCAACAAUGAGAUAUCGAGAAAUCAACCCAUCAGGCAAAAUUUGCCCAACAGUGGCCCAACGGCCCAACACUUGCGUUAA